AGCUGGGGGCUUGAACUGGGAUCCUUAUGCCCGUCCUUGUGCUUUGCGCCACCGCCUGACUCCCUUUUUAAUUUAAAGAUUUAUUUGCAUGUAAGGGGGAGAGAUCCAGAGCAUUGCUCUGGCAUAUGCACUAUUGGGACUCAAACUCAAGAGCUCAAAUCUGAGGGUCUAACUUUUUUUUUUUUUACCAGAGCACUGCUCAGCUCUGGCUUAUGGUGGUGCAGGGGAUUGAACCUGGGACUUUGGAGCCUCAGACAGGAGAGUCUCUUUGCAUGAUCAUUAUGCUAUCUAUCCAUGCUAUCUACCCUCCACCCGAGGGUCUAACUUUUUAUUCACUGCCACCUCUCUUGACUUAGAGGCAAAUUUUGUUCUAAAUGCUGACUCCGAUCUCAUUACUUGGAGUUAUCAAAACCUACUCCAGAAGAGAAACUAACAGACUUGUAUCAGUGGGAGAAGUCAGGAAAGUUGCCCACCACCUACCAUCCUCCAAAACACCAGACCCAGGUCAAAGUGCUUCAUGAAGGAGUCUAAGCACCAUGAUGGAUUCGGAAGCUCAUGAGAAGAGGCCGCCGAUCCUGACAUCCUCAAAGCAGGACAUAUCGCCUCACAUCGCACACGUCAGUGACCUGAGGCAUUACCUGUGCGGCUACUGUGCCGCCUUCAACAACGUGGCGCUCACCUUCCCCAUCCAGAAGGUUCUCUUUCGGCAGCAGCUGUAUGGGAUCAAAACCCGGGACGCAGUACUUCAAUUGAAGAGAGAUGGGUUUCGAAACUUGUAUCGAGGAAUCCUUCCUCCACUGAUGCAGAAAACAACCACGCUGGCGCUUAUGUUUGGUCUGUACGAGGAUUUAUCUUGCCUUCUCCGGAAGCACAUCAAUACCCCGGAGUUUGCGACGCGAAGCUUGGCAGCUGUGCUCGCAGGGGCAACAGAAGCAGUAUUCACUCCAUUGGAAAGGGUUCAAACGUUGCUUCAAGAUCACAGGCAUCAUGACAAGUUCACAAACACUUACCAGGCCUUCAAGGCAUUAAAAUGCCACGGGAUUAGAGAGUACUAUAGAGGCUUGGUGCCCAUUCUGUUCCGUAAUGGAUGUAGCAACGUCCUGUUUUUUGGCCUUCGAGGCCCCAUCAAGGAGCAUCUGCCUACUGCAACGACUCACAGUGCUCACUUGGUCAAUGAUUUCAUCUGCGGGGGUCUGUUGGGUGCCAUGCUGGGAAUCUUGUUUUUCCCGAUGAAUGUUGUGAAAGCUCGCAUGCAGUCUCAGAUUGGUGGGGAGUUUCAGUCCAUCCCCGAAGUGUUCCAAAAAAUCUGGCUAGAACGGGACAGGAAACUGAUCAACCUUUUCAGGGGUGCCCAUCUGAAUUAUCACCGCUCCCUCAUCUCUUGGGGAAUAAUCAAUGCAACUUACGAGUUCUUGUUAAAGGUUAUAUGAAAGAAGUCAUCAGUUAAGUGCCAUUUAUCAGCCGAAUAGACCUUCUAAGAACACAACUGGGCUUCGUUCCUAAUUGGUGGCAUGACUGUUGGUGUGAUAAGUCUAGAGCACUUUGAAUUAUGGGCAAAGCUGUUUUUCUUUAAACACCAACAGAUUCACAAUAAAGGGUUCAGUAGGAAACUUUUAAGGGUUUGUUAUUGUUUUUAAAUCAUCUGAAAACUUUAGGCUAAUUGCCUGGUUAAUUGUCCAUUUGAUGGCCUUUGACAAGGAAACAAACAGCCAAGAUAAGAUUUUUUUUUUCUUUUCCAGGACAGUCUUUAAACUUUAUGUAUUGAAACGUAAGUGACCAUGAGCAGCUAGAGAAAAGACUUUUUUUUUUUUAAGCCAGAGCAUUGUUCAGCUCUGACUUACUGUGUUGUGGGGGGUAUUGAACCUGGGACUUCAGAGCCUCAGGCAUAAGAGUCUGUUUGCAUAACCAUUAUGCUAUCUACCCUCCCAUGAGAAAAGACUCUUAAGGCCUUAUGAAUUCUCAGGCUUGCUUUUAUUCCAUGUCUUUGCUUUGCUCUUAAGAGGAAGCACAGAGGACAGUCUUUGUUAAAUUUAAGCUUAUACACAGUAGGACA